GCUCAUUUGGUACUGGUUGCGAAUUUGUACAUCAGAGUAAGUUUUGUGGUAUUCAUUAUCAGUUGUGGAAUAGUAAAAUAAAAGAAAAACAAACAAAUUAUAGGAUAGUUCUUCGCAUUGCCAUCCCGCUUCCAAUGAGUCGGACACAAAAAUUUCAGCCGCUCUAUAGGUAUAGAAGAAGUAUUUGAUUCUCCCUCUUCGGCCUCCGUCGGUUUGUCUGCGCAAUUGUUAUCUCUACGCAACCAGAGUCCGAUGGUCUCAAGCAAGCGCACGGGCGGGCGUUCCUCAACUUUUUCCACCCAGAAACCGGUCUUUUCAUCCAGCGGCGACCCCUCGUCCUUGAGCAAGAUGGUGCAGAUAAAGCAGCAUCCCCAGGCCCCGUUUCCCUCCCCCACAGGAAGCUCGUACCUGGAUCGCAUCCCGAGUAACAAGAAGCAGCGCAUCAUGGAGCUGGCCCACGAAAUACGAUCUUCUCGUCGCGGCAGCGGGGAGGAUGGUGGUUCUUGUUCUACAGUAGACAACGUCGGCUCCUUUCUCGACACCGUAGAGUCUGCCGAGAAAAUCACAGAGCUCGAGCGCAAGCUGGCAGCCUCGAACGCGCGCAUCGUUGAGCAGGAGGAGCAGGUGCUGGCCCUGUUAGAAGCGAAGCGGCAGGACGCGCUGCGGGUUCGGGAGGACGUGAACAAGUUGCAGCUGAAGAUUGCCUAUGCACUGCAAAAGUAUCUUCGCACUCGUACAAAUGCAAGGCUUGCAUUGCAAAUCUUGUACCCAAGGCAAAUCAGCACGACAAAUUCCAUUUUUCAUGCUGAGGGAAUUUGUCAUGCGAUUUCUUUUUCUACUCUAGUGCGAUGCUUUUGCGUUUCAUAUCGCCGACUUGACCAAGGAAAACCAGCAACUGGGGCUGCAAUUUGACGCCGCGGCGCGGGAGCAGAAACAGGCAGAAAAGGUGCAGGAGAAGCAGCGCCGGCAGCUGCGCAUCGAGCACGGCCACGGGGAAGAAUUGCGCGAGUUGCUGGUAGAAAUGCUCGAGCAGGCGGAAUUUUGGAAGGCACGAGCGGGCGACGGCGCGUUGUGGCGUCAAAGACUGCAAAAAGUGUUGGGGGGAAUCCGGAAUUCCGCUCUGGAAGGCGGCGGCUCUGACGAGCUGCCGCUCGGCGUCGGCAAUGAAGCUGGUGGUUUUGUUGGCAAUCCCACAGGAAAUAAUUUCAAUCCGGUCCCGGGGGACGAAACGACCAUUGCACCCAGCAGCCGAAACGCAAGCCCCGCGAAGGGAAAUGCGGGGCCAAGUAAGGGGAACUGCUGGGAUCGACCACAAUGGGCUGAUUCGGUACGGAUGAUGAAUUAUCCGCGUUUGUUCUUGUUGUACGCUCUUUUCCUUGUCGAGUUGGAAAGUUGUUUGUAGUUGUAGAAAUUUUUAGAAAAGUUGAAAGAGUAAGCGCUACUUACUUCUGACUCACGUCCGGAACAACGUAGAAAGAUAGAACGUUAGACAGUAAAAGCUCGGUCCCCGCCUUAAGUGGCGAGUGCCCUUUACUUAAAUUAUUUUUUGUCGUUUUCUAGACAGGCAUGUCUAGAAAAAAAAAAUAUUAUAGAACUUCUAAAAACGCUAUAGAGAUUCUCACGCAUAGACAUUCUGACUCUCAUAGAUGUUCUCGCUGCUCUUUGUUGAAAACAAUAAUUGGCACACGGUGCGCGCUUCGGAUUUUUGUUUUGGAGGGGCGCGGGCGUCCUCUCGUAUUCUGCCUGCGCUUGGCGCCGGGAAAAUGGCAUUGCGCCUACCGCGCGCGCUUCCCUAGGCGCCGUCGCUGACAGUGGUGAUGGUAUGCGCGUGCCCAUUCUGUAUUGCUCUGUGGCCGGGAGAAAAAUUUGGAGCGCCGCGCGCACGCAGACACCCUGGCCCGAGCAGGGGGCGGAUGCUUCCUUAUUUCCUUUUGCUAUCAGGGGCCGGCCGAAAAAAAAUUUUCGCGCGCGCCGCGCCCACUCAGGCGCGCGCCAUGACCGGGCAGGCGUAGAGGCCCUUCCCUAUGCGUGCCCGGUAGCCGCGCGCUUGCCGAGAAUUUUUUUUCGUGCACAGCGCAUGCGCAAGCGCUUUGGCCUGAGGGCGUGGAAGGUAUUCUUUCGUGUCCGGAAACCCGGGGCGGGCCGGAAAAAUAUUCUGCGAGCGCGCGCUGCGUGUGCGCAGACGCCUUGGCGGGGGGGCGCGGAGCGAAUGUUUUUUGCGCGUCCAGCAGCGAGGGCGGCGCGCCGGAAAAAAAAAAGUUGCGCGCGCGCGCAUGCGCAUGCGCCCCGACCUGAAGGCGCGGAAGCCUUUGGUCGUUCCCAGCUAUCGAGGGCCGCCCGAUCGAAAAAAGUCUUUCGCCCGUUGCGCGCCCGCAGACGCCUUUGCCUGUCUGAGGGCGGUUGGGUUUUUUUCGCGUCCUCCAGGCGGGGCCUCGGCGGCAAAUAUUUGUCGUGCGCUCGCUGCGCGCGCGCAGGCGCCUCGGCCUCGGGGCGCGGAAGGUUUUCGGUGCGUUCGGCAGUCGGGGGCCGUCCGGGAAAAAGUUUGCGCGUGUUGCGCGCACGCAGACCGCCCUGGCCUUGGGUGAGCGUGGGAGGUGCCUCUCCAUGGCCGGCUAAAAGGCGUUGACCGGAAAAAACCUCGCGUGGGUGCGCCGCGCGCAUCCUCACCAUGUACGGCGUCAGGGUGUGGGCUGUUUUAUUUUUUUCGCGCCCCGCGAUCGGGGGCCGGCCGGUAAAAAAUUUUCCGCGCGCACAGCGCGCGCACGCCUUGGCCCGAGGGUGUAGAAGAUCUUUUGCUCGCCCGGUGGUCGGGGGCUUGUCGAGAAAAAUUUUUCGCGAGCCGCGCGCGCACAGUAGUUUUCUUUUGGCCCACAGGCGAGGAAAGUCUUUUCCGCAACCGGGCGCCAGUUGAAAACAAAUUUUCGCGCGCGCGCGCCUGCGCGCGCGUCUUCCUUGGCCUGAGGGCGUGCGUAGACGCUCUUUUUCACGCCCGGCGGGGGUCGGGGGCCUGUCGAGAAAAAAUUAUCGCGCGUUGCGCGCGCGCGGGCACAUUAGUUUUCUUUUGGCCCGUAGGCGAUGAAAUUUUUUCUCGCAACCGGGGGCCAGCUGAAAAAAAAUUUUCGCGCGCGCGCGCGGAGCGCGCGCGUCUUCCUUGGCCUGAGGGCGUGCCUGGGCGCUCUUCUUCACGCCCGGCGGCCGGGGGCCUGUCGAGAAAAUAUUUUCGCGCGUUGCGCGCGCGCGGGCACAUUAGUUUUCUUUUGGCCCGUAGACGAGGAAUUUUUUUUCCGCAACCGGGGGCAAGCUGAAAAAAGACUUUAGCGCGCGCGCGCGCCUUCCUUGGCCCGCGGGCGUGCGUGGAAGGUUUUCUUCUCACCCGGAGGUCGGGGGCUUGUCGAGAAAAAAUUUUCGCGCGCUGCGCGCGCGCGGACGCAUUAGUUUUCUUUUGGCCCGUAGGCGAAGAAAUUUUUUUCCGCAACCGGGGGCCAGCUGAAAAAAAACUUUAGCGCGCGCGCGCUGCGCGCGCGCGCCUUCCUUGGCCCGAGGGCGUGCCUGCGUGGAAGGUUUUCUUCUCACCCGGAGGUCGGGGGCUUGUCGAGAAAAAAUUCCCGCGCGCUGCGCGCGCGCGGACGCGUUAGUUUUCUUUUGGCCCGUAGGCGAGGAAAUUUUUUUCCGCAAGAAAUUUUGUUUCCGCAACCGGGGACCAGCUGAGAAAAAAUUUUCGCGCGCGCGCACAGCGCUCGCGCGCCUUCCUUGGCCUGAGGGCGUGCUUGGAAGGUUUUCCUCUCACCCGGAGGUCGGGGGCUUGUCGAGAAAAUAUUUUCGCGCGCUGCGCGCGCGCGGGCGCAUUAGUUUUCUUCCGGCCCGUAGGCGAGGAAAUUUUUUUCCGUAAGAAAUUUUUUUCCGCAACCGGGGGCCGGCUGAAAAAAAACUUUAGCGCGCUGCGUGCGCGCGCGCGCCUUUCUUUGCGUGGGUGAGUCAGUGGCUUGAGACUUUUUUUCACGCCCGGCGGCCGGGGGCUUGCUGGAAAAAAAAUAUCGCGCGCUGUGCGCGCACACAUGUUGGCCAGGGGGCGCGGCGAGGUGUUGCUUGCACCCGGCAACCGGGGCUGCCGGAAGAAAUAGAGCAAAUUUUCGCCACCGCCCCCUGCCCGCCCGCAGGCGCCGGCCUUGGUCUGCGGGCGGGCGCGGAGGUUUUUUUCGCGCCGCCCCCUCGGGGUCUUGCCGGGAAAAUAUUCGCGGCGCGCAGGCGCCUUGUUCUGGCGCGCUUUUGCUUGCGUCCGGCGUCCGGGCAGUCCCGGAAACGACUUUCGCGCGCCGCGCGCGCGCAGCCGCCUUAGCUUGAGAUGGGCGCAGAAAGUUUUUCUUCAAUAUGAGGAAAGCUGUUCGCCUGCUAGCAAGGUGAUGACGAUGGUGAUGAAUCGCGCGCGGCUACCGGGUGUUGGCCGGAAAAAAACUUACCGCGCGCUGCGUGCGCAUAGUGGCCGUGGCGUUAGAGGGUGGGCGGGGCCGCUUCUUUCGUGUCCACGAUUGGGGGUUUGCCGGAAAAAAAAUUCCGCGCGCUCCGCGCGCGCAAGCCUUUGUGCGGAGCCUUUCUCUCCGCCCGGCAUUCGGGGGCGGGCUGGCGAAAAUUUUUCGCGCGCGCGCGCGCACAUGUUGGCCCGGGGGCGCGGUUGGGGACUUUUUGCGGACCCGCCCCCCUUCCGGGGCCGGCCCGGCUGAAAGAAAGAAUAAAGUAAAUUGUUCGCGCGCUGCGCGCACGCAACCUCCUUGGCCUCCGGGCCCGGGGCGUUUUUUUCGCGCCUAGCAGCCUGCGGCCGGCCUGGAAAAACUUUUUGUGCGUAACUUCCUUGGCCUGCGGGCCCGGCCGGAGUGUUUUUUCCGCGUCCAGCCUUUCCUUGGAGGCCCGCAGGGGAAAAAAAAUUUUGCGCGCUGCGCGCACGCAGGCACAUUGCCCCGGGGGCGCGGGGCGUUUUUUUCGCGUCCGGCCGUUGCUGGCUUGCCGGUCGGAAAAAAAGAUCGCGCACUGCGCGCACGCAGGCAGACUGGCCCGGGGGCGCGCACGCAGGCAGACUGACCCUUAUGCCUUACCUGCAAAGAGCAAGGGCCUCGCCGUCCUUUUUUCGCAUCUUUUCACUGUAGGUGAGCGCCCAGCUCCUCGGGGGGCCUAAGCGUCCGGCUUCUCGUAGCCGGAGAAGCUGGACUUCCAGCUUCUCGUAGCCGGAGAAGCUGGCCUUCCAGCUUCUCGUAGAGCCGCCCGGGGAAGCUGGACUGUCAGCUUCUCGUAGAGCCGGGGAAGAUGGACUUUCAGCUUCUCGUAGAGCCGGGGAAGCUGGACUUUCAGCUUGUCGUAGAGCCGGGGAAGCUGGGCUUUCAGCUUCUUGUAGAGCCGGGGAAGCUGGACUUCCAGCGUCUCGUAGAGCCGGGGAAGCUGGGCGCCCAGCUUCUCGUAGAGCCGGGGCAGCUGGACUUCCAGCUUCUCGUAGAGCCGGGGAAGCUGGACUUCCAGCUUCUCGUAGAGCCGGGGAGGCUGAGCUGCCGGCUUCUCGCAACCAGGGAAGCUGGACUGUUAGCUGCUCGGAGCAGGAGUGCUGGCGUUCUGACUGCCAGAAUCUAGAAGCUAGAUUUCUAGAUUUCUAGAACCUAGAAAUCUAGAUUUCCAGACUUCUAGAUUUCUAGAUUUCUAGAAAUCUAGUUUCUAGAUUCUUGGCCGCCAAAGUCUAGAAACAAAUCUAGAGGCUACGGAACCCAGAACCGCUAUCCCAAUAGACGUUCUGGGGUCAGAAGCUCUAUUGUGAUAGAGGUUCUGGGUCCAGAAGGUACGAGAUAGAGCUUCUCAAGCUAGAAAAUGUCAAGAAACAGUGAAAAGAUUAGAAAAAAAAAAAAAAUCAAAGAGCAACGAAAUCAGUAAGAAAAAUAAAGAAAAGAAGAAAAAAGAAAGACUGUAGAAAAUCUAGAAAAAGCUUAGAAAUCUAGAAAACCUAGAACAUCUAUGGAGAAGUUAGAAAAUGGCCGAGAACCUCUAUCAAUAGAGGUUCUUUUAGAAGUUCUUGAAUAUUUUAACUUAAGUGACCCAUUUUAAUGUCGAAUCCAUCGAGGCACUAGUAUACGAAUUCGCUUUUCAGGUCGUCUUCAGCGAGCGAUCGGCCCUCCGCAAGAAAUACGAGACCGAGAUUCAGAAGUUGCAGAAUCAGGUCGAGCGCUUGCAGAAGCAGGACAGUGACCGCAAGCUCCGUCAAACUGCGGCCACCCAGCAAGACAACGGAAAGAUGAUGCUGGAUCUUUGCCGCAAGGUGAAAACGGUGCAGGAACAGAACACGCAGCUACGUCAGAAGAUUGACAAAGAUACGACCUAUAUCAAGAAGCUCGAGCGAAAACUACUUACCCACAGCGUAGGUGCUCGGGGCCGAGCGGGCGCCCCUGCUGCAAAGUCGUCGAAGAUGAUCGAUCCGCACAACCUAUCGUCCAUAGACACGUCUUCGAUUGCAAAUAACAUAGGCGCGACCUCCUCGAAUGCCGGCCGCCCGGACAGUCAAAGCGGCAGGAGCGUAUUCAUUUCCUGCUGUUUUUUCUUGUGUUUUUCGGACUGACUCAUUUUUUGCAUAACGAUGUUCAUGUUGCUGAUGAGGAUGAAGGAUAGUAAAAACGUAAUCAGUAGUUCGCGUCUGGAUUUUCACUUCUUGGACCCUCAGUUCUAGGUACGACUCCUCGUUGAAUCUGCAUUUGGUGGGUAAUUGCGAAAAGAAUAAUGAACUUACAGGGCCUUUCUUACUCCAUAUCGCCUCGCGCCGCCGGAGUCCAGCCGGUCAUGCUGGAUAUUCAAAAAGUCACGGUGGAGCCCGUUUCCCACCGAGUGGAGACUUCUGUCGAGGAGUCAACGAUCCUCUGUCCGGGAGGAACUAGUAUAAUUUUUACAGUAGUCUUGCACGACACUACUUCUAAUGAAAAUCAAGAUGAAAUGUACUUACAAAGGUAACUGCAGUAGAAUCUCCUAUGACGAUUUCCGAUGUUGACAAAUUUUUUUUCUUUCGGUUGAUGGUGUCUUUAAUAUGGAGAGUCCUGCAUUAUAUCUGUACCGAAAGAAACGGAACGAAACUGUCAUGUUCAGGUCAAGACCCUGUGGUUCCCGCUCUCGGCUCUGCCGAGGAUCCUUUGUUCGCGCAGGGACUUCUGAACCAACCCUUUCCAUCACUCAAGCAGGACAAACCGAAGCGUCGCUUCAAGCAGAAGCAAGUGCAAGAGCCGAUCAUUCAUCCAUCGCCGGCACACCUGGACGGCUUUGCUACGCCCGAGGACGGUUUUAUUCCGCACGCCACCGUCGGAGCAGUUCCAGCUCCGGGCGGUGGAUCUUCACUGAUCGCUAGUGCGAAGCAGAUCACCGCGACGGCACUGGCGGGGUUUCCCGCCGUAAGCAAUCCGCAAUCGCAGUCGUUCACGAGCGCGGUGAGCACGCUUACCAGAGGACCUGUCGGAGACCACAUUACAGCAGCAGAGCCCUCUCCCGUUUCCGCCAUAUCGACACCGUUUGUGGAUGCAAUCUCGGGCACAGCUACCGCCAUGCCAAUCUCCUCUGUCAGCACUCCAGGGAACAACAACCCUACAGCAAUGAGCAGUACCACGAAGGAGCACCAGAGAGGACCACGGCAGCUGCUGUCGGUUGUUGACCCUCCUGCAGCUCCGGCGGGGCAGCUUGGUUCCGCAGAACCGGCGAUUGUUUCAGGCACGACACACAACGAGCAAGCUGAAGAGAGCGAACACAGUCCCGCGCUGGAACCUGUGGAAGCAGCCAUUCUGGCCGAGGAUGAGGACGAAUUUGACUUGUCAGUUUUGGAAAAGUUUACCACUGACUGCGCGACUUCGCUCCACUUGCAGGCAUCACCGACCACCGCGCCCCCGCCAAAAAAUAUUAAAGAUAACGCAGCUUAGCGAAGGUCGAGAGCGUGCUCCCACGGGAUAAAAUGUCUUGAAGUGAAUCUUCGUUUGACGUAGCGCACAGCACUAGCACAACAUGCGGCAUCCUCUGGCGCUGUUCCGCAGGUUUCGAUCCUCUUCGGCUCUUUGGUAUGGAUGCAUGCGGAAAGAACAGUGAUUCAUUGCAAGAUGGCCGGAUCGAUGUCGUUGUCAGCGAUGAGGAAUUCAUGACUACUUUGUAGGAGGACGGGGAGCACGACUGCUGCGCCUCCUUUCUUCUUCCAAAAUUUGGAACGUGGAUUUAAUAAACAAGCGAACAUCUUCGGGACUUCUGACGACUUUGUCUUUUGUUUGAAUAUUUGCGAAAACUGAAAUGCACCACUGCACCACCCUUGAUUCUCGACGUCCUUUGACGAUUUUUGAACGCGCCCCGAACUCAAAAAAUGAACAAUCUUGUGCUUUGUAGCAACGAAAAUUAAUGAGGACAUAGCUAGACCGCAGGAAGCUCAAGCAAUGCAACAACUGGCACUUCGACUUCGCUUUUUUUGUUUGAGAAGGCUUUGCGCGACCGCGUUGGUUCAGUUCUUUGAACGCGCACUCGGGGCGUGCUUCUUUU